CACAUUGGCACUGGAGUUUAUUUGAGGCGAUACAUGCCUUCUCAUGCGUAUUCGUAACGCUGAAACAACUCGCCUUAUACUUGUGACUCUUUGCUGUUUGGCAAUUCUGUGGCUUGUUCAUUCGCCUGAACGCGUGGCCAAGACCCUUUACCUAUCUGAACCUGAGUCAGCAAACCUGGGUAACUCCGGUUCUUCUGCAGCGCGCGCAAUGGGCAAGGCGGAGGCCAUCAACGAGAUUCAGAAGGCGGUCGCCAGCAACAAGGUGAUCGUGUACAGCAAAACGUACUGCCCCUACUGCGUCAAGGCCAAGAAUGCGCUGAACCAAUUCAUCGCCGGCAAGUACACCGUCGUCGAGCUGGAGAACCGCGCCGACUGCGACGCCAUGCAGGACGCGCUGCUGGACAUCACCGGCGGCCGCUCCGUUCCGCGCGUGUUCAUCAACGGCAAGUUCCUGGGUGGCGGCGACGACACCGCGGCCGCCGCCAGCAACGGCACCCUGGAGAAGCUGCUGCAGGAGGCGGGCGCCUUGUGAGGCGAGGGCGGCGGGGUGGGCAGCAGGUUGUGAGGCGCGUGCAGGGGCGGGUUGGAUGCGCGUGUUGGGUGGGACGCGGGCGCCGGGGAUGAUUUGCUGAGAGUGAGAGGGUGCCAUGCAUGUGUGGCUGCGUUGAGCGGGGGUGAGAGGAAGGGAGAGAUGCAGAAGCUGUAAGAGGCAAAACUGACAAGGGAUAGGGGAGGCAGUGGAAAGACCUGCAAGACCAGAGCCGUAUGGGCGCUGUGAGUGGACGUCACACGUGCUGUGACAAGACUGACACCGCAAGUUGGAGCAGUCCUAAGGAUUCUUGCAUUAGUCUUUGCAUCAAACCUGGCGAGGACUCUGUAAUUCUGUGUGGCGGACGGAGCCGCACACGCUUGGCGUUUCACAGGUGUAAACUGCAAAACGG